UUAACGAGUUGAUUCGGGAUGAACUCGAAUCAACUCAUCAGUCCAUGUCGCUCCUCCUAAUGCAAAAGCCCUAAACCCUCCACGCCUCUUCUUCAAUCCAUGUCGCUCCUCCUCCAUUGCUCUUCUCAUCGCCUCCGCUCGAUUCCCUUUGUCCCACCCUCAUCAUCCUCAAUCUACUCCUGCAACAUUUUCUCCAUCACCAAAAACCAAAAUGCUCGACGGUUCUCCUCUUGUUGCCUGCCGCUCCGCGCGCUACCCAUCAUCGACCAGGAGCUCCUCCGGAUCCUCUGCGAAUCCGAUGCUUCCACUGGGAAAGCGAGGACUCACCUCCCUGCAGUCCGUUCCUACGAGACGGACCUCGCCCGCUUCACUCUCAUAGGAUCUGUCAGCUUCGAUCAGGCCGUCAUAGCCGCUGCCGCCGAUGGUGGAGAGGCCGCGGAUGAGCACCUCUCUGCGGGAACUUCUACCAUGGUCGUUGAAACGGUGUUUCCCAGCGGUCUUGAUGAGCACAGCACCGUAUCCACCCGGCUGUUUUUACCUGCAGAAAUGGUGAAAGAGAAGGCAAAGAAGCUGAAAAAUAGCCUCGCGAGAAAUAUCAUUGAUAAGGGUGCUGUUUCUAAGAAUAUUCUUGCAAUGACUUUUAGACAAGUUGUUGUGCAGCAGUUGUGGAGCUUCCAGCUCGCGUUAUUUUAUCCGGGCACAGAGAGAAACAUGGAAGAUCUUGGCAACACAAGAGAGGCCCAGGCUGGUUUUGUUGUGAAUUCAUCUGAUGAGAGCUUCAUUUCUUCUUUGGCCGAGGUUGUCACUUGCUGUGCCCUAGAAAGUGCAAAAAGCAAUUACAUCCAAGAAGCAGGUGGUUUGCAUUCAAAAUCUGCUCUUCAUUGGUUUCAGAAGCCACCGAAGAACUCAGUCGAUUCAUCUAUUUCUAUAUGUAGAAUUUCUGAAACUGAGGUAGCAAAAGAAGCAAGGAAUCUAGUUGAAACGUAUAAAUUAGUGAAAGGGAAAUAUGUGAACAGGUUGAAAAAGGUAAAGUAUACGUGGUGGCCGCCACCUGAUUAUUCAAGGCUUGAUUUGAUUGGAGGUCCUGGAUUUGGCUCUUGGACUUGUGAGUUCAUUCCUGCAUAUAAGCUGCAAAUUAAUACCAGUGUUUUUAAGGAUUUGAAGCUUGAAGGAUGCCAAAAUGUGGUGGACAAUAGGUCGGAAGCUCUCUUAACCCAUUAUCAGAUGGUUGAACUGGCAAAUAUUCUUGACAUGUUUUAUGAAGAUCGCUAUACAAUGCCAAAUAAACGGCUUUUAUGCGACUUGCUUACAGAAGCCCCAAUCACCUUAAAGCGCAAGAACACACCAUGGAAACUAUUAUUUACUGUGUUUGCUGGUGGAUUCGCUAUUAUGACUUUUGCUGUUCUUGCUCAGCUUUGUUGGCCAAAACAUGCAAUAAGAAUUUCAGAUGUGAAAAAUGUUCAUUCAUUAUCAAAAGUAAAUUGCAGCAGUCUCAAUGCUCUUGGGAGUAGUGAGCUAGAAGCUUUGUGCGUCGCAAUCAUCAAUAAGAUAAAAGAUGAGCUUGGUUGGUCUGAGGAUUUAAUGGUUGACAAGAAUAUAGGUGUCUGGACUGGAGCACUUCCAAUGUACUUGAGAAACGAGGGCGUUGUGAUGGAAGCCAUCUCCAGUGACGUUCCUCUAAUUUCUGGUGGCUCAAGCUCAGAAAGUCACGCAGAGCUGUCCCCUACUGUGGAUUAUCCUUCAGCAGCUAGAGACUUGGAGUUGCAGAAAACUGCUCCAGAUAUCGCUAGUUAUCAGGCAGUCCUGACUAAAGAUGGAAAAUUAAUUGGCUUCCAACCCACAAGUAGAGUUGCCGUCAAUCACUGGGCAUCCAAUCCCUUGGCAAAGUCUUUAUAUGGUGUACACAACCUGUCUCCUGGCCUAUUUGAGCCAGGGCUCAACAUUCCCGUCCCUCCAGAUGCAAUCCCAAUCGAGUUAUUGAUGUCAAUAAAUCCAGAAUCACAGUUCGCAUUGGCAAGACCAAUCCAAUGAGCUUGUAAGUUAUAGUAUUAUUUAGGAUUAAGAACAAACGUAUCCAGAAUUCAGAUUUGCAUAACAAAGUUUCAACUUAGACAAGUUACUUAGAACAGAAGGAGAAGAAAUGAGUACCAUUCCCUGUAGUUUUUCCAAUGGCUGACCAAAACAGUGAAAACUACAUGCUUCACUUGUUCGAUGCUUCGACGAGAUUAAAACAACUUAAUUGGGAUUUCGAAGACUUGGAAAUAUGGUCAUGUCAAUGGAGAAGUGGCAGUGAUACAUAUUGCGCAAUUUACUGCUACAAUCUUUAUGGCUAUCCACAAGUUUGUAUUUUGUGUUCAUGCGGGGUAUAAGAACUGGCUUUUGCUCUUGCACUGUGCUUUUAUGUGGUUUUGUUUUAAAAAAUGGAUUGCCCAUUAAAAUCGUACAGGCUUUACUGCUUUAAUUAUCAUUCCUGGAAUAUUUUAUUGUAUAUUA